UGUUGCUGGCAGGUGGAAAGUUGUGGAUUGGAAUGAGAUAUUUAAAUAUGGGGUGAGGUGCAGGCGACACUCCGCGCUAGUGCGGUUGCCAUCGAGAUGUGGUUUCAUGACAAACAUCCUGUCUUGACACCAUCCCCUGCAUCUUUUCAAAGACAGCAAGCCUCUGCCCUAACAUUAAUAUUAAUAUACAACGCCUCUCUAUAUUGUCGCCAUGGCAGAUCCACAGAAACAGCUUCAGGCGCUUAGUGAUGAGUACCAGAAGCUUGAAACGGAGCUCCAAGAGAUUGUACAGGCCCGCGAGAAAUUGGAAGCGCAGCAGCAGGAGAAUAAAAGUGUACAGAAGGAAUUCAAGUCCCUUGAAAGCGACGCGAACAUAUACAAAUUGGUUGGCCCGAUUCUUCUUAAGCAAGAUAAGCAUGAUGCCGUGAUGGCUGUAGACGGACGUCUGGGUUUUAUCGAAAAGGAGAUAACUCGAAUCGAAAAGCAAAUAAGUGAUAUUCAAGAGAAGAGCGAGAAAAAGAAGAUUGAGAUUAUUCAACUACAAACGCAAUUACAACAGCAACAGCCUCCAGAAGGCACAGCUACUGCCUGAUAGUGACAAUCAAUGCGGUCCUAUAUAAAUAUAAUGACUUGAUGACCAGGUCCAGUUCCUUUGCCCAGAGCCAUAUCUUCCCUCUGUAACACUGGAUUAUUACGAAACCGUUCCGAGCCUUGGGAGCAUUUGCCCCACUAUAUGUAUCCUGGGAAUGUUCUAGGUUAAAUUCCCUAUAAGGGAACCGAUUGCGACUGAGGAACUAGAUUCAUUGGCGACCAAGACAAAUGCAAUUGACAGAUUUAGGAAUACGGUCAAGCGCAGGCAGCUGCAAAGACAACAGAGCAGUGCCAAUAGCAGAGGUUGACAAAGGGAAAAGAGGGUUAAAACGGCGUAUUUGUUUAGCGCACUAUUUUUCCUGACUAUAGCAUGCACCCGCAUUUGCUUCAAAUUGUUUAUCUGCACCGAGAAAAGGACAGCAGCUGUUCAGAGCUAUCAUCGCUCAAUGACACACACAUAUCCCGCAAGUUGCGGUCACAUCAACGUGCUUUACCAUGGACUUCCCCAAGACUAGAAAAUUUUAACGAAAAAGAUAUUCGACUAUAAAUUAAGAUAUUGCCAAAAUAUGCACUGGUCAUAGCUCUACCACGCGUCUAUAUCCCCUAAGUACUAAUAUUUUUAGUCCAUUUCAUGGAUGGAAGGGUUGAAGGAGAGAAAGAAAUGAAACAAACCGCACAUUCGAAGAAAGGAAUACAGACCGUCUAUCUCUAUCCUGAUACUACACUCAACACAAAAAGAGAAUCAUUCUAAGCCUUGACGAGAAGACUUUGUCCCGUCAUUUCCUUGGGCUGUUCAAUGCCCAUGGCCGCGAGGAUGGUUGGCGCAACAUCACCCAAAACGCCACCGGACUUCUUCAAGCUCCAUCCUCUGGGGCAUUAGCCAUGAUGAAGGGAACUUUGUUGGUCGUAUGUGACGUUUUGGGUGUUCCCUCAGCGUUCUUCAUCUCUUCGGCGUUCCUGUACCAGCGUUGUUAGUAUUUCAGACUUCAGAUAUAUGUUAUGUUACAUUUACUUGAACUAAACGUACCCAUGGUCAGCAGUAACGAAAAGAAUAUAUCCAUUCUGCUUGCAGGCUUCGAAAACCCGUCCAAUAGCCUUAUCCGUGGCCGUCACGGCCUCAAUGGUAGCUUCAUACACUCCGGUAUGACCCACCAUGUCUGGUGGGGCGAAAUUGUUCAUCAGGAACUCGAAUUUCUUCUCCCC